AUGAAAGCGAGAGGGAGUACACUAAGGAAGGGGAAAUCAUUACCAAAUGGGGAAAGUUCAAGCCAGAUGAGAGGAGAGGAGGGAGUUCCUAAAGGCCAACCAAGUCCAACGUGGUCAAGCCUAAGUGGAGAUGAGAACCGAGUUUCCGUGCCGACUGAAAUCCUACGCUACGAGGAGGAAGCUCAUGAAGGCCAAACUAGUCCAUUAUUUGCACCCCUAGAUAGCGAGCAGUACCAAGUUCCAGCUCUAACCGAAAGACUGCGGCAAGAGGAAUUUGAGCAUGAUUAUUGGCAUUUCACAAAUCAACAUUCAUUUGUCUUAUCUUUGAAACUUAUUCAGCGUAGUCUUGAGGAAAGGCGUGGAAUGGAAAGACAAGGAGGCAGAAGUUCAUCCACAUGCAUCUUUCCAUUUCCUCAUAGCCUUGACAGAAUAAAUCCGAACACUUACCAACCUGAGCUCGUGUCAAUAGGCCCUUACCACAGGGGCAAAGCUCAUGUAGUGGAGUUUGAAGACCGCAAGUGGCUGUUCCUGGAUAAAUUCCUCUCUAGAUCAAACCGUGGUUUAAGCUACUAUCUUGGUGCAAUGAGACAAGAAGAAAAGUCUACAAGAGACUGCUACUCAGAGACUAUCCCCAUGUCAAGUCAUGACUUUGUUGAAAUGAUGUUGCUUGAUAGUUGCUUUGUCCUUGAACUUCUCCGCAAUCUUAACCAUGGUGAAGAUACGAUCAUCGAGAAUGACCCCAUCUACACAAGGCCUUGA